AUGUCUGCUCCGUCUCCCGGUGAGCCUAUGGAGAUCACCUCCUCAACGAACGCCAGUACCAACUCUCCUUCGAGCAAGAACAACGACACAGACGCCAACGGCGCAUCCAAGCAUACAUCGCCAACAGACCAGUCUACGAAUAACUCGAUCGCCAUGCCCGCAGCGCCCGCAGCUGCAGCCGCGGCUGUUCACCAGCCGAAGAUUGUGCAGACAGCUUUCAUCCACAAGCUAUACAGCAUGCUUGAGGACCCUAGCAUACAGCAUUUGAUAUCGUGGUCAGCGAGUGCUGAGAGCUUCGUCAUGUCACCCUCCGCCGAUUUUUCCAAGGUUCUUGCACAAUAUUUCAAACACACCAACAUAUCCUCCUUUGUCAGACAAUUAAACAUGUACGGAUUUCAUAAAGUGAGCGACGUUUUCCACACCACAAACCCCGAGACCGCUUUGUGGGAGUUCAAACAUGGAAACGGCAAUUUUAAACGAGGCGAUCUGGUCGGACUCCGCGAAAUCAAACGGAGAGCUUCUCGACACGCCCUUGUCCACAGAGAGUAUCCCAACUCAAAGCCGAGCCCUUCACAGCCCGGAACACCUGCGGAACCGAUGCCACCUCCAAGCGACGGCUCCGAAAUGCGUAUGCCUGGACUCGAGCAUACCCUGUACGACCUCAGCAUGCGACUGCAAAGGAGCGAAGAGAAUGCCCAUUACAUGCACAUCAAGCAGCAAGCAGUAAUGGAGACAAUGUCACGGCUCCUUCAGUUCAAUCAAGAGUUGUCGAGAACCGUGCUCAGCCUGGUUCCAAGUCCUGAAAACCCAGUACAUCGAGAUGUUCUGAAUCUGCAGGGAGAGAUGGCAAGACAGGCCGACAUGCUCCGUACUAUUGAUGACCCCCAGGAGUUGCCAUUUGCAAGCAGUCGAGCGUACUUUACUAAUGUUGAGAAUGCUCCUGUUUCGCCGCGGCAGUUACCCCAAGAUGACCCGAGACGAAAUGCAAAUCUUGCUGUUCCCCAGCCCAGGGGGCAGAAUUUCUACCGUCCUCCUGUACCUUCAAAUCUUUCCAUCAGCACGCGAAGGCCGUAUGGCUCGAUUGGCGGGGGUUCAGUCAGCGGUGGCACGGUGCCACAGGCCUCAUCUCCCUUGCGGGGGGCGCCGCCUCCACCCCCUCCUGGGCCGCAUCCCUUAGCUCAGGUUGAGCCGCCUCCUGGAAGUCUGGCAAGACGUCACACAUCUGCUGAUAUUCGUGCACACGGAUGGCAGCCCAGCGCUCCGCCGUUCGCUUCGGGUCCUCCAUCAGGACCACCCUCGGGCCCUUGGCCUUCUUCGCCCAGUCGACUCGCACCGGAGGACCAGCGCAUCAGGGAGUCGCUGUCCACCUACUCAUUACAAAACGCAAUCCAAGUAAGACCACUAUCACGGCCAACUACACCUCCCGGUGUGCCGUUUUCGAACGGCGGUGGCGGGGACACCUUUGGCAACUGGUCAUGGAACUCGGCCAACCGUGAUAAUAAGAACUUGGCCAUCAGGGAUCACUCAGGACCUCCUACGCGUCGCGGAAGUAUGGCACACAUUCUCAACCCGACCGACACGGCUGAAAGGGACGACGAGGACGAGGACCCCCGAGGCGACGAUGAUCGAAAGCGCAAGCGGAUGCAGUGA